GCCGGCCGCCGGCGCCGCACAUGGCCGCCCCCGCCAGGUCUGGCUUCCCCGCGCACACCAACAGCCGCCUGGACGCGUUCCUGCGGAGGCGGCUGCCGCCCGAGGUCUACGACGCCAUCCGCGCCUAUGAGCCUUGCAUCGUGGUGUCCGAGUGGGAGAAGCACACCUUAAAGUACGUGGUCCUCAGCGAUCGGCUCAUCUACCUGACCGAGAACCCGCCCAAGUCCAUCCGGCGAGCCGUGGCGCUGCGGGACGUCGUGGCCAUUGACCUGAUUGAUGAUUACCCACAAUUUCUGAGUCCACCAGAUAGAGAAAGCAACCAACAUAUCCGUAUCAUCUAUUCUUCAACUGUUUUGAACAAAGAGUGUGAAAAAUCAAAAGGGGUCAAGAAAUUCUCAUUUCCAUUUCAUCAUGCCACUUCUAACAAAAAAAAAGUUAAAGAAGAGAUUAAUGGCCCUGUCUUUUGGAGAGGGCCCCAAAGUUUGAAUGAAUCCUCUCGCAGGCACCAGCAAGAGAGCAGCACGCCAUCCACAGACUCAACCUUCUGUCCUUCAGACCUCAAGGAGCUGUUUUGUGGCCAAAGUGUCUUUCGACCCCUACCCACCCCCUCCAGGAGGAGCUGUCAGUCCAUGUCAGCCACGGGAAAGGCUGUCACCCUGCCAUCUUGCACAAGCAACACAAAAGAACCCAAGGGACUUUCAGAUCACAAAGGUUCUCUGAGUGAAAUCCCUUUCAAGUGCAGUGGGAACGGAAAUGAGUUUUAUUCAGGAAAUUCCUCCCUGGCCUCCCCUUUACAGAGCAACCCAAACCUAGAGAAAAAGACGUCAGAACUUCAUUUGUACGGUAUUUCCACAACCUCAUCAAUAUUUCUGCACUUAAAAAGUUCGUGGACCAAUUAUAUUAUAAAAGCGACUCUUUUGCAAGAUCCCCUCUAUGUUAGUGAGCCCAGUCCUAUCGGAAGUCAAAAGCCAUACAGAUCUGAGGAGAAAAUUAAACACUUCAGUCAACUUAAAUCUGAACUGUUCCUUAAAGACAAUACUUUGAGGAAGAUACUUUAUUUAAUUACGGAACUUAAAGUAGCAGCCCAGAGAAACUUCAUUCUGAAAAGGCUUUUCUGGAAAACCAGUGACCUUUUCUAUUUCCUAGUGAACAAACUAUAUGAGUACUUGCCAGAGUCUAGAGACAAGAGCACACUUCAAAAUAAAAGCCAGAGGGCUGAUGAGCUGGUGGCAUGCAUUGAAAUUAUACAGACUCUAGGACUGAUGUUCAGAGAAACAGAAACGGAGUCAUCACGCCUGAAUACAUUGGCAACUAAGAAGGGAACAUUAUUUAAUCUUUUGGUAAUUUUAACUAGUAAACCUCAGAUUCCAAAAUCUUGCCCUGUGUUUGAUACCCAGUUGGUGGAUGAUUCAACUUUAGUUGAGAUGUCUUUUGAUGCUGAGUUGCAGAAUCUUAUCAAGGAAUAUACAGAUGCAGCUACGGCACUUUUAUAUGAGAUAUUUCUUGUCUUUCAGCAGGGAAAUCUUGGAUUGGGACCAGCAGAGUUUGCUAUUAGCUGGAUGAUGUCCUUCUUACAAAGUCGCCCUCCCUUUAUCACCUUCGUGGCCAGUAUUGUGGAACAAGUGGUAAAGGGGCUUGCAGCUUCAUUUCAGCUGCUAAGUCCCAGCCAAGCCAUUCUGCUGUAUCAGCAGUUUUACAUCCUCAGGAGCUGCCUGCAGUACAGCCCGACUUUAGCGGAGUAUAUAAGGAAUGACUACAGAGAAGAAUUCAGGUACUUUAUUCACAUGCCAGCCUUGGAAAAGAGGCUCCCGUUGUGGUAUCCUAUUACCCAACCUGCCACUCAACUUUUUCAUGAAGUUCUGAAACUGGUGGAACAGAAACAAUGUGUGAAACGUUAUUAAGAAUCUAAAAUGUUAAUCAGGAGUCAACCUGACAUUUAUGAGAAAACUUUUUUGACUUAUUUACUAUCUGGCAAUCCUUGUGUCUUAUAAACAGAUUUUAUUUAAAUGCUCCAUCAAUAGCUGUAAGAGAAGUCUUUAAAUAGUUGUUUAUCUGCCCCCAAAACGCAACUGUAAACACAAUGACAUACAUAAAGUGGUGCUAAAAAUGAGUUUGUCCAAAAAGAGUUUCUAAAAAUAAAAAACUGUAAAGAAAACAGAAGCCCAUGGAGAGCCAAUGUAGAAAGUGCAACCGAGGAGUUUUUUUGGUGUAAUAAUGGUGAGUGGUGUGAAGCCACUGAAAUACCCCGCGAUGAACACUGGGGAGUGGAAAUGACAACGUGACCGUGAGAGAAAUGCUGGGCCAUCGGCGGACACCCCGCUGCUCCACCUGUAAAAGUUCUAGUGAAGGAGUACUCACCGGAGAACACAGCGGAACACAGGCCCGGCUCUAAGCAAGGUCAGUUCCUCAUUUACCGCGGGGGAGGACGCUUGGGCUUUCUUCAGCACAAACGCAUUCUGGUGCUCCGUGUCAGGCACCCGUGGGCUAGUGUGAACAGUCUAUUCAUCUAGAGUCUCUGUGAAAGAGAAAUGGUCUAUACGCAGUAGGGCUCUCUCCCCAUUUAGAAAAGUGUCUUCACUAUAUCUUGUGGCAAUAAAUGAAUCCAACAAAAACUUAA